CUAAUUCCACAAAAGAUGUUUAUAUCUUUUUUAAAUUUAUUAGUUUUUUUUUUUGUUUCCACGGUAUCCCCAAACUCGGCAGGCGGUAUUGAGCUCCAUUUAAGGGUUUGCCGCUGCCAACGGGUAAGAAGUAAGGACGGAUACACCAGGUUGAGUGAUUACCCGCCCCAACCGGAUAGGGCGGAUCGGGUAUGAGUACUGCUGUCUGCAAUCCUACUUCUCAGCAAAACCUAAACCCUUUCACAGAUUCUCUCCACCUCUCCUUUCACCGCCGUCCGCCACCCUCCUCCCCCCUUACCGCCGCGCUCCCCCUCUCACUCUCAAGGUCACCGCAGCAUCGUCGUCGAGCUCCUGACCCAGCCGAGAAGAACGUGGUCGUCACGUGCCCGACCCAGCCCGGGGAGAAUCGUCGCGUCAGUGGUAGAACCGUCGUCGAGGAGAAUCAUCUUCGUUUUGGUGACGGUUUAGUUUUGCAUUGACUCCAUCACCCCAACGUGUAAAAGAAGAUUUGAAUUUCCUGUACAGGUGGUGGUUCUAGAACAGCGCGUGUUGAGGAAGAUGAAGACAUUGUUUUGGGUUGUGUUUGUUUCAGUGGUGGCUUCAGCAUGGUUGCCACUCUCAGAGUGUUUCAAAAAACCCGCAGGGCUUGCUAGGAAAGAGGACAUUCCGUACAUAAAGUGCCAAGUUUGUGAGAUUCUCGCUAAGCAGUUGCACCAGCAGGUGAAGAACAAGCAAGCUGAGAUCGCUCCCAAAAAGAUCUCGGAGUAUGAGAUCAUUGAGAUAACAGAGAACGUUUGUAAUCUUAAGAAGGUAGAAGCGGAUUGGAUAUUGCGCAUUGAUAUUGUGGAGAAAGAAGAUAGGCUUGAGUUAGUUGAGCAUGACUCUGAAGGACAGUGCAAUUCUGAGUGCAAGACAAUCGAGCGAGCAUGUCAGGAGGUUAUAGGGUAUUCGGAUACAGAUGUUGCUGAAUAUCUAUAUAGUUCCAAGCCUGAUGCUGAUUCAUUGUACAAAUAUCUUUGUAGAGACCUAACUAAAGCAUGCAGCACCAAACCACCCCCUGUCCCUAAGGACAGAAUCCCUGGUGAAGCUUUUGUUGCUAAGUCUGAUAAGGAGGCUGAAAUGGAAAAGCUACUAAAAUCUAUGGAGGGCAUGCCAGGAGCACCUGGCAUGAAAAUGUACUCAAGGGAUGAUUUAAUGAACAUGAAAAACCUUGGUGAUGAAGAUGCCGAAGAUGAAGAUGAAGAUGAGGAUGAUGGCGAUGCUGCUUUUCCUGGAAAAUUGGUACUUUCUCUUUUUCCAUAUUGCUUGAAAAAUGGCAUGUACCUUUAUUUUAUUCAUGGCAACAUACACUUGAUUAAAAUGUCAUACAAUGGCUGGAAACAAACGAUCAGAAAAGGAAUCACAGAUACGACUGUGACGCUGAAGAAACAUGCAGACCGAGUUUCCAAUCGCUUAAGACAGUGGUGGAGGGCAAAGAAAACAAGUUCAAAGAAGGGAACAAAAGGAGCCAAGUCUGAACUUUAGCAAGUCACAAAAGCUUACAGCCUUACACUGCAUUUCUGUAGAUUGUUGAAGAACUGCAGGCAUUUCAACACUAGUUUGUUACAUGUACAAUGAGCCUGUGAUAGCCAAGAGGAAGGAUCAUAGAGAAGCAAUCAAAAUGAGAACUUUAAGUGACCACUUGUCAAUUGGAAUGUUUCAUUUUACAGUCAAGAAUUUUGCUCUAUUCAUGUAUCUUAAUGAGUCAGUUUUGAUGUUGAGAGUGGGUGUAUAGUGAGUGCUAUGAACUUAUGAUGUUCUCCAAAGGUUUGUUUUCCUUUUUAUCCCCCUUACUCCUUAUUUUUAGAAUUCUUUUUCUCUAAAAAAAUUAGUUUAUAGUGUCUUCUA